AUGCCUAAUGUGGGGUUAGCACGGGGGAAGGGGAGCUAUUUUGUUAUGUCUGAUUCCGCCAGCGCACGCAGUUCGUCUCAUCUCUGCCUUGCCUACGCCAUCUUUUGUCGAUCUCCGCCCGCCACAAGCAUCACGGCUUUUUUCGGCUUUUCUCCCUCCGUCGUCAGCGCCACUCGGUCCAGGUUGUCCCCGCACCGCAACGCAUAA